CAAAUGAAAUAAAAACAUUGAAUAAUCCAAAACCCAGAGAAUGCUGAAGAUAUCCGUGGUGCUGCGGGUGCAGUCCACCCAAAGGAGCGCAUCCUUAGCGACAGCUGCGGCGGUCAAGACCAAACCGAAGCUCACGAAUACGAAGCCCAAAAAGGAGCAGCCCAAAAAGCAAAAGGAGCAGCCCCUAAUCUCCUGCAGAAGAAGCCAGUUCAAUUUAACGGAGCACGAGAAACCAGAUGCCAAGUUCGGAAGCCUUUCACUGGCCUCCAAAGGAUGGUUGCACAACAAAUCUAAGGGGGAUUACUUUAUCCUGAAUGCCAGCGUUGCAGGGCAGGAACUCCACGAUGAAAUGCAGCCAGUCGAUGGAUUUUUAAACAGCUCAGGGCUCCAGAUUCAUCCGCAAUUGCUAGACAAUCUGCAAGGAGAACUAGGCAUCAAACUUCUGACGGGCAUCCAAAAGCAGGGAAUCCCCAUUGUCCACGGAAAGGAACACUGCCUGAUUGCCGCUGAAACUGGAUGCGGAAAGACCAUAACCUAUCUACUGCCCAUCCUGGAUAAGCUUCUCCAAAGGGAGGCUCCCGAGCGCAAACUCAACACUCCUCGAGCUCUGAUCCUCACUCCAGGAAGAGAGCUGGCUACCCAGAUAGCAGGAGUCGCGACAAAGCUUACCCAGGGCACCAAUCUCAAUGUGCAAUCUUUACUUGGAGGCAACACCAAGCAUCUUAUGAUGAGCCCGCAGUUCGAGGAGGUGGACAUACUAGUCGCCACUCUGGGAGCACUUAGCAAACUGGUCACCACUGGCAUCUUUCGCAUGGAGCAUGUCCGUCACCUGGUUCUAGACGAAGCGGAUACCCUGCUAGACGACACAUUUACGGAUAAGCUGACCUACUUCCUGAGGAGAUUUCCCUUCCAUUUGGUGCAGAAAGACGACACUGGCACUCAGCUUAUCCUGGCCUCCGCCACCAUGCCUACGAACACCAGGGAGAUUCUGCACAAAGUCAUCGAUGUGGACACUAUCCGGGAAGUGGUCAGUCCACACCUCCACCACCUGAUGCCCCAUGUGACCCAGAAGUUCCUGCGGAUGUCUAAGGCCGAUCGUCCAGCCACCCUCCUGUCGCUUGUAAAACAGGAUCUUUCCAAGCGGCGACCAUUGAUUGUGUUUAGCAACAAAUCCACGACCAGUGACUAUGUCUCCAUAUUCUUGAACAACAGCGGAGUGAACUGCCUAAACCUCAAUGGAGAUAUGCUGAUGAAGAUCAGAUUUGGCCGCUUUGAGCAGUUUCAAAAUGGUCACUGCGACGUCCUCUCCACCACAGAUGUGGGAAGUCGUGGUCUGGACACCACCAGAGCUCGGCAUGUGAUCAACUUUGACUUCCCUCUCCAUGUGUCCGAUUACAUCCAUCGAUGUGGCCGGAUCGGGCGAGUGGGCAACUUGGAUAAGGCGCUGGUCACCAACUUGAUCUCCUCGCGACGCGAAAUCGACGUCGUUCAGAGGAUUGAGCACGCCGCUAGAACGGGUGGUCUACUGCCAAAUGUGAAUGCCAACAUCCGAAACAUCAUCAACAAGCGAAUUAUGGCAGAGAUGAAGGCGGCAGGAGUUCCAGUUCCGGUUUUAGGGGCAGGAAAUGGUCAUCAAGGACAGGAGGAGGCUUUUUAGACUUGUGUUUUUUAAGUAUUUCGAGUAAAUAGUUGUUUUCAUUACGAUAAA